CACACACACACACACACACACACACACACACACACACACACACACUCUCUCUCUUAAAAAGAAAUCCAUCUUCCUUUUCAAAAGCCAAAGAAAAGUGGCUCACCCCAGCUUUUAAAUGUCACGUUUCCUCCCUGAAAACAGACUCCCACUCUCUCCUGCUUUGACAGCUGAAUGGCGACUAGUUACCACACACCGAUUUGUAAAUAGCUUUGAGGAGAACCGCUGACAAUGUGUUUUUAACCGAAAUGAAGCUGUAAUUUCUCUCUUUAAUGUUUUAUAUAUUUUUUUUAACAAUGUACAAAUGGCAGAAAAAGAAGACCUGUAGGAACUCUCCCUGACCCCCCCACUGAGUACGCACACUACAGGGUAUUUGUAUCACAACAUAGUGACGUGCCACAGGUUUAGGAUGUGAAGGUCGGCUGGUGUUUGUGUUGAGGUGAUGGAGGGGGGUGCAUCAUGUAAUAGUUGUAUUAAAAUGACUGACAGCAGAGAAUGAGAUUAUAUGGAUGAUAAUCUGAAACUUUAAGAUGAAAACCUUUUUAACAGACACAGACGUCACACGAGUAUUGACCCAGAGUAAACAAGGAUUUAUUUUUAUUAUUAUUUUUUAAUGCAGAUGUAUGAGACAUGCAGAGGGCUGGUGCGAACAUCAAAGAUCAGAUGAAUGCAUUUGGAAAUGAAAACUGUGGUACAAUCCAGGCAUUUCUCAUUCUUUUGUAGGAGUUCAGUCAUAUCUUCAGAUUUCAUGCCACGUCUCACUUUAUCUUCCCAGUAGAUGCUGCUCUUUCACAAACCCUUAUCUGCAGUAUCGUAAAAUAAUACAGCGGUUCAGCUCGCGUACAGUCUCGGCCUGUUUCUAUGUGUGUCUGGACAGAAAUAUGUGCCAAAUUAAAGGAAAACAGUUUGUAUCCUUAUGGGAGGUAAAAGAACUUGAUGUUAGUGUUUUAAUCGUCUAUAUCGUAGAGCGAGAGGGUGGAAAAAAACAUCUCAAACACUGUUUGAUAAAAUCUUUGUUUUAUUUCAGAAUAUGAUUGUUUUAUAAUGUGAAAAAUCUCUUUCUAAAUCCAAACUGCACCCUACAUUGUUCAGAUUCUCAUGAGGCGGUGAUUCUUUACCUCGCGCCGUUUUGAAGUUGAACACAUGCGACUGUGUCAGACCACAAUCUGAACGUGAGCCCAACUUGAAUCCAUUAAUCCUGAUGUUCUACAGCUCCCAGUCACAUCUCCCUCCGCUUGUUGAGAUGCUGUUGGAUGCUCGGAUCUUUGCUGAUCUGUGAUUGGUCUUACUGUAAACAAGGCAAACUAAAGAUUUGUUAUUGUUUAUCUUAAUAUGCACAGCAAUGUUUCAUGUGAAAGUGGGUUAAAGAAUUGGAGAGGAAAGACCUUUGGAGAAGAGUGCAUUAAAGAGGAAAAAUCUUAUUUCAACAGUUGUUGAGGAUUUAUUUAACUGAUUGCAGCAUAUACUGUUUUUUAAAUGUUUUUAUAUGUAAGAAUUAUUUGUCAAAUUAAGCCAUAGUGUUUGUGUUUAUAUAUGUAUGUAUGUGUGUUUGCUAGCUGAUAUACUAGAGUAGGACAGUUUUCACAGUGACAGGAGCUGAAAAAUUACCUUUAGCAAAAGUUUCACGAUGGAGUGACUAUUACAGAGCCCCUCAGUCUGGAGAGUACAGCAAAUCCACAUUUCAUCAAAGUACCUGAGCCUUGAGUGCAGCUUUACCAUAAGGUUUAACACAGCUGAAUACUGGCUAAUGUCUCUGAGAAUCGAGUCAGCCUCACACAGAAUAAAAUCUCAGGCUUUUUAUGAUUGUGAGGGAGCUCUCACUGAUCAAAGUCAAGGCUGUAAAAGUUUUUUUAGUAGCCGUAAUUUACAACUUGUGAAAGUCAAACGCCGGCUCCUUUGUCUGGAAGGGCAUACCUGCUGGACCCAGUUCCUCGUAUCCAUCAGCAGUUUCCUUUGAACACAACAGCGCAGUGCAGAUCACACAGAUCUGCUGACAAAGUCCCCACCGUACUAACAGUUAGUUUUGUUGUGUUUUUUGACUCUACACUAUCACAGAGGAGUAAAAAAUACGUCAAAAUUAAUUCAAGAGUUUUAACAAAAGUACAAAACCGAAUUUGUGUUCUAAAGCUUUUUAAAUAAGUUACCCAAAGAGAUGUCUGUGCAUGAGAAGAUGGCCUUCAUUAGGAUUAUUAUGCGCUUUCAGCUAAUAAAAGUGGAUGGUGACAGGAUUUUUUCCAUCUUGGAGAAAAAAAGAAUAAGAGAAAAGUAUAGCAUAACUCUUAUCUGUCAAACAUGGUGAAAGCAGUGUGAUGGGACUGACAUGGAUGAAAGUAGAAGUGGGCCACUAGUGUUUGCUGAUGGAAGAAGCAGGAGGAAUUUUGUGCCAAGGCAAAGAAGUAGGAUGCUCUUCUAUGGCCUGGUCACCUGAUCUGAUCGAUUCUAGACUUCAGGGAGUUAUUGAUAACAAAGGAUUUUCAUCCAACUAUUUAAAAAAGCUCCAUAUUUAAAAUUAUCCUUGUGAAGUCUGAACCAUGAAAUAAUGGCCAGAAAAUCCAAUUUUUUGUUUAAAAAAAGUGUUUGUAGCUUAUUCAGCUAUUUCAAGUGUUUAUUGAACCUUGCAAUUUAGAGUGCAAUUUAUCACACUGAUGAUGUAGAGAUAUAAAACUCACCCAAAAGGGUGUCAAAUAUGACGCACUUGACCUGAGUCUCUCGAAUUACUCCCGAACGUCUGAAGAAAAUGACUGCACUUCCUGCACAGUUAAUGCAGACAUUUAUUCUUGAGUUCAAGCUGAAAGUCAUAUAAUCACAUCUUGAUCGACUGAUUUAAAAUCCAUUAUGGUGGUGUACAGAGGCAAAACUUUUGCUGGACAAAUAUAUCAGUUUUCCCAAGUAGUGUUAGCUGAAUCUUUAAAAAUGUUGAUUGGUGUUGAGUAAUUUAGUUCACAAUUUCAAAACGGCCGUUAAACUUUUUUUUAAAAAAAAGUCUGCAGGGAAAUAAAAGUAAAUAAUUAAAGCACACAGCUACAUUCACACAUUGUUACCUGACGUGUCCUCGUGGUGACACCUGACACCUCAGGUGCGCCUUUAGCCCCGCCCUCCUGGCUGUACCUAGCUGAAGGAAAGUGGGAGAAACAAAGCAGCGUCGACUAUUAUUCCAGGAUCCCUAUCUAUAUGGUUAAAAGGAAAAACUGACCUCUCGACUCUUGGCGAGUUUUUUUUUCUUUUGCUCUCAUUUGUUGUUCACAAUGGACGAUCCGUUUUUUAAGUCGUCGUUACCUGCGCCCGACUCCUCUGUGCUGGAUGACACCAGCCUGGCUUUGCCGGCCGAUCUGCGAUCCUCAACGCAGCCCGAUGAGGACCGGAACCAGCGGGUUCACCGGCAGGUUCAGCUCACAAUGUCCAGGAAGUCUAAAAAGACUCAGUCAAAUGGUGGUGUCUGUUCACAGAAAUAUGAAACAGCGAGCUUAAAUGAUGCAGAUGGAGUUUUAACGAACACGAAGGUAAAUAGAUCGUCCUUCUCCAGUCACUCCUUCUCUGGCGACCAUGACCGCAAACCAUCCAGGAGGCUGGAAGUGUCCCCUCAGUCAAGCCCAGAGCAACCUCAUAGGCACUUUAAAUGCAGUACUUAUUCUGGGAUGCCCACCCCCUCUGUAUCAAGUCAUUCACCCAAAGUUGGCACUCACUUGGCAAAGUCAGCUUCCUUUCACCACCAUGUUUUUUCAGAUUUACCUCAUAGCACACAGAGAUGUGCAUACACACCUGCACGAGGGAACGUCCAGCAAAGGACGUUUAGACAGACCUUAGGAUUGCAAUCUGUACCUGCAAAUGCUGCAUUUCGGAAAAAUGGAGAAUAUGGUUCUAAGUGGACUUACAGACAAAGUACUGUGAAACCAACUUUCACAGAAAAAAUGCAGAGAAGAAAUGGUGACACCGUGUUUAGUUCUAUCCAGCCUAAGGAUAGCAUGUUCGGGCUAAAACAGAAGAGGGAAAGGGGCCACCAUAAAUCCCUUAGAGUGAACUCAUACCCGCCCUCUGUCAGCAGUGUGGAGACGGAUGCUGGCAGGCGGGCAGCAACGCAGUUGCCCAUUAAGCAGAUGCACGUGCAGAAUGUCACAAAACUGAUGUCAGUAAGCAAGACUCCGAGGAUGACAAUGGAGAAGGCUGUGCAGCUUUUGACCCAGAAUGAAGAGGAAAAACUGAUCUGUGCAACCAGUUUCAUACAAAAUCAAUGUUUCAAGAGUGCCAUUGCUAGAGGCAAGAUUUGCCAUGUGAACGGGAUUGAGAAGCUCAUGCUUCUACUUAACAAUGACAGCGAAGAAGUGCAGCGUGCCACUGCCGGGGCGCUGCGUAAUGCUGUUUAUGAGAACGAUAGAAAUAAGCUUAAUGUUAAGGAAAACGCAGGCUUUUCUUUGAUUCCUACUGUACUGAAUAGCAGCCGCGAUAAGGAGACCAGGCGGCAUCUUACGGGUCUUUUGUGGAACCUCUCCUCUCAUGACAUGUUGAAGGAGGCUUUUCCAGAACAUGCCUUAUCCACUCUCAGCCGCUCCGUUCUUGUUCCCAGUUCUGGCAUUUUUGAAGGCGAGAAUCCGAAAGAUGAACUGCUAGUGGAUGAUGAAACUUUCAUCAAUGCCACCAGCUGCCUGCGAAAUCUGAGUUCCGCAGGCCGAUAUGUCAGGGAAGCAAUGAGGAAUUGUGAGAAUCUCAUCGAUUCUUUGAUCUACUACAUCCGGGGAACCGUAGCUAACCGUAAGAUGGAUGGCAAGAGCACGGAGAACUGCGUCUGUAUCCUGCACAACCUGUCUUAUCAGAUUGAGUCAGAGCUUCCGAAGAAAAACGACCAGGUUCUCACAGUCUCAGAGUCUCGCCAAGACUUGGAUUCGCAGCCAAAGACUUUGGGCUGUUUUUCUUAUCGCAGUGCCAAGAUCACAGAGUAUGCAGUGCAUCAGCACCCCCUGCUGGAGCCCGAGCCCGAGCCCAACCCCAACCCCCAUGGCAUAGAGUGGCUGUGGGACACGAUCACUGUGCGGAUGUACAUAUUACUGAUGGCCUGCAGUACAAAUGACACCAUCAAGGAGGCUGCCAUUGGUGCUCUGCAGAACAUCACAGCUGGAAAACACGAGAUAAACAGAGGCAUCGCCGUUGUCAUUGUUCAGCGGGAAAAUGGUCUUGAGAAGAUUAAGGAAAUUUUAAACGGUGCAAGUAGUAAUCUAAAGAUACCUGCUGUAUCUCUAAUCAAAAACAUCUCACGCUACGAUCAACUUCGUCCUGCCAUUGCAAACAAGGUGUUGCCAGAGAUGGUGAAAAAUCUGCCCUUUGACAGCACCGACGUCAACCUGACUAGUGAGGUGACGAUUUCUCUAUGUGAAAUCCUGACUUACCUGUGCCUGAGUGAUGCGAAGAAUGCCGACGCAAUAAUCGAAAACCGCGGCAUCCCAAAGAUCAUCAACAUCAGCAAGACAGACAAAGGACCCAGUCGUAUGCAAAAGGCAGCGUGCCUUCUGCUGCACGUAAUAUGGAAAAACAAUGAAGUCCAUGAGACCCUCAAGAAACUGGGGUUCAAGAAAAACGAUUUCGUCAAUGCAAGGAUAAAAAGAGCUUUGAGCUCCUGAUGAAACUCAGCCGUGGAUUCAUAAAUCUCAUCUCAUCUGUAUGUAGCGACUGUUUGUUUUUUUUUUUUUUAUUGCUGUUGUUUUUGUUUUGUUGGGGUUUUUUGUCAUGCUACAACCAAACAUUGGAAACAACACUGAAACUCUUUUUUUUUUUUUUAAAUGAUGACUUUUUUUGGUUGUUUGUUAUAUAUUUGAAAAUCUCUCUCCAGCUAUUUGCCCUAAUGUUUGCAUUAGUUGGAUUCAUGUUCUCAAAUGUAUGUUUCUGAUACCACAAAAUGAAUGAGAUGUUUUAUUUAAAAAGAGGUAAACCUGCUGAUUCGUGAAGAACUGUACCACACUUUUUGUGACCUUUAAAGUACCUUUUAGUUGUUAAAAAUCCUUGUGUAGCAUAUCAUUGUUAUAGUGCCUUAUGAUAAAAAUGACAGAUGAAUGUAGAAUGUUUUUUAUAGCAGAAAUUACACUAAUCAUAGGACACCUAUUGAAAUUUGAAGUAUUUCUUUCUGUUUAUGUUGUAUGGGUUUUUUCCCCCUCCUUUCUAUAACGGCAGCUUGUCAGUUUAUAAUAGUCGAUGUUGUAAGACAAAUGAAAUCUUUAAAAUGAAGAAGUUCUUUUUUUAAGACAAACCAAAUGAAGCUGUACAUUAAAGAAUACACAAUGCGCUCAAAGACUCAUUACCGUGACUCAAAUGAUUGUUAACCUGUUCUCUAUGUGAAAAUGCCUUGUUGAUGUCUGAGGAGAACGGAUCGACUGCUUCGACCUGCACCAGGAGGCCGCAUCCGUCACCUAAGAAUAGGAAACUGAGGCUACAAUUUGCACUUGCUGUCCUGCACGGGCAUCUCUGAAGGCAAAAGGGGUUCCAACCUGGUACUAGCAAGGUGUACAUCAUAAAGAAUUCUGAUACCAA